AUGAGUGUGAACAGAGAAGAGAAGAGUUCUAUUGGUUAUGUUGUUAGAGAAAAAAAGUCGAACUCGACCUUGGCUUACGAGCGAGUAUCAACAACGACACCGGCGACACCGACAUACUUAGUAUUACAUACAGCAGACCUUAAACUGAAAUUCAACACUUCAACCAUUCAUGUGUUCAACUUAGAGCACCAAACUAUAAGCCUGUGGGCCUAG